GGACAUUUUUGGCGAUCAUGAGAGAGUUAAUUUCAAUGGCGGAAUUAUCUGGAAUCAUAAUUCUUGUUUUAACAUUGAUUCUACUUCGAUUAGUUUAUGUUCUACAUCGAUGCGGUAAACCCUUCCAAAACACUGCUGCAAAACCUCUUAUUACCCUCAUUGUUCUUGGUUCAGGUGGUCACACAGCUGAGAUGAUUAAUCUCUUGUUGGCGCUCAAGAAGGAAAGGUUUAUACCUAGAUAUUAUGUAGCUGCUGCCACUGAUAAUAUGAGUUUGCAGAAAGCUCAAACAUUUGAGUGCUCUUCGAAUAAUGAGAAGGGGAUGGAAGCUGCACAGUACAUGCAGAUAUAUCGCAGUCGGGAAGUUGGUCAGUCAUAUAUAACUUCUGUUUGGACGACACUGAUUGCAAUUGCUCAUGCAUUGUGGCUGAUGAUUAAAAUCAGACCUCAAGUGAUCCUCUGCAAUGGCCCUGGUACUUGCAUUCCUUUAUGUGGAAUUUCCCUUUUGUUUAAGGUAUUGGGGAUCAGAUGGUCAUCGAUAUUCUACGUGGAGAGUAUUGCAAGAGUUCAAAGGCUCUCUUUGAGUGGCUUGCUGCUGUACAAACUUAGAAUGGCUGAUCAACUUUACGUUCAAUGGCCUCAACUGCAAAGGAAAUAUCCUCGAUCUAUUUACGUUGGUUGUCUCAUGUAGCUGUUUAUUGCAGGGUCACUUGUGUGGAUUCUGCUAUAUGUGCUCUAUACUUAGGUGUAGUCUUCAUUCUUGUAAUAUUUUUUUUUUUUGAAGGGAUCAUUCUUGUAAAUUGGUCUACAUAAUCUUUUUUUUUUUUUUUUUUUGAGAUUUGAGUUUUCACCAAUGUUUGCUUACAGAGUAAUGGAAUUUACACUUUUUUGGUUGUUUUUGGCGCUGGGGGGUAAUACGUACAACACUUAACCGUCUUGAAGUUAACAGUGUACAUGUACUAGAUAAUCUUUUGACACUGAUUAUGCUUGAGGUUGAGGUGGAGUAGUCGCAUUGCUUUUUACCUCAUAUCUCUAAGGUCUAGGAAACAAAUCUCAUGGAAUUCAUUUGAGAAUUUUCUCUUACUCCCCCGGGUGAGUCUCCUUCAUCUUACCUUGAAAAACAAAAUCUUUUCUGACACUGAUUAUGCUUGAACUGUAUUGUAUUUCAUAGUAUAUGAGCCCAUUUUUUAACCAUACAUGUAUCCUGUUGUACCAAUACUUUUAAGCACUUGUAGUCUAGAACGCUUUUAUUGGAAUUGGAUCUUCCAUUUAUUUUGUCAGCAAGUCAUGGGUGGAGGGAGUGGGAAUUUAACUACUUCUAAAAAACUCUUACAUAAAAGAGAGAAGUGUCUUAUUUAUUUUAGGACGGAUUAAAUAGAAAAAAUGACUAUAUAUAAGGAUUGGUUGUGAACCUGAAUCGUACUCCUUCCGUUUCAUUUUAAUUUACACACUUUGACAUUUUACACUAUUCACAAAUUUCACUUUGACCAUCAUUUGUGAUUUAUACGCGGAUGAAAAUAUAGUCAUGUGAGAUCUUGUUAGAUUCAUCAUAACAUGUAUUUUAUUAAUAUGUACUUUUUAUAAUUUUUAUAAAUACAAAACUAAAAAUAUAUCUCCUCAAAAUUUUACAUUGGCAUGC